CUCUCGGGGGUCUGCAGUAUUGCAGGGGGAGGCAGGCUGAACUUGGCCAACUUCUUCAGACUGCCCCUCUUGGCUGUCAUCCUGGCAGGCACCUGAGAGGAAGCUAACCUUUGACCUCCCUCCUCUAGGCCCAGCCUCUCUGGUUCUAGGAUGUCAGCAGGUACACCCUGGGUGGAGUUUCUAUCCAGGGCUGUAGUUAGACUCAGGAAGCUUCCUUGGUUCUGAAUGAAGAGCCAAACUGGAAGGUACCCUGAGCCACCAGUCUGCAGAGCCACCCUGCCGUCCAUUCGAAGGUCAUUUCCCUGUUACCACAGCCAGAAGAGGUGCGUACAGCAGACCCAGAACUCUGGAAAAGUAAGACCCCGACUUUCUGUAUGGAAUGAACUCACCAAGCAGCGGCAGCCCUGAGGUGGGAGCUGGCUUGCUGCUCUCAGCAUAAAGCCAUGGCCAGCGCCCAGGUUCCUUUCUCCUUUCCUCUGGCCCACUUCCUCAUCUUUGUCUUCGUGACUUCCACCAUCAUCCACCUCCAGCAGCGAAUAGUGAAGCUCCAACCCCUGUCAGAGAAGGUAUUACCGAUGACGACUCAAAUGUCCUCGGGAAACACAGAAAGCCCAGAGAUGCCGCGGGACAGCGAGCAGCAUGGGAAUGGCGAGCUGCGGGGCAUGUUCACGAUCAAUUCCAUUGGCCGGCUGGGGAACCAGAUGGGCGAAUAUGCUACAUUGUUUGCACUGGCCAGGAUGAACGGACGGCUUGCGUUCAUCCCCCCAUCCAUGCACAACGCUCUAGCGCCCAUCUUCAGGAUCAGCCUCCCGGUGUUACACAGCGACACGGCCAAAAAGAUCCCGUGGCAGAAUUACCAUCUCAACGACUGGAUGGAGGAGCGUUACCGCCACAUUCCGGGACACUAUGUGCGCUUCACGGGCUACCCGUGCUCCUGGACCUUCUACCACCACCUGCGCCCGGAGAUCCUGAAGGAGUUCACCCUGCAUGACCACGUGCGGGAGGAAGCCCAGGCCUUCCUGCGUGGUCUGCGGGUGAAUGGGAGCCAGCCGAGUACUUUUGUGGGUGUCCAUGUGCGCCGAGGGGACUAUGUGCAUGUCAUGCCUAAUGUGUGGAAGGGCGUGGUGGCUGACCGGGGUUACCUGGAAAAGGCCCUGGAUAUGUUCCGGGCACGCUAUUCAUCUCCAGUCUUCGUGGUUACAAGCAACGGUAUGGCCUGGUGCCGGGAGAACAUCAAUGCUUCCCGAGGAGACGUGGUGUUCGCGGGCAAUGGUAUUGAGGGGUCGCCAGCCAAGGACUUCGCGCUGCUCACCCAGUGCAACCACACCAUCAUGACUAUUGGGACCUUUGGGAUUUGGGCUGCCUACCUGGCAGGUGGUGAUACCAUCUACUUAGCCAACUACACCCUUCCGGAUUCUCCGUUCCUCAAAGUCUUUAAGCCAGAGGCAGCCUUCCUACCCGAAUGGGUGGGCAUCCCUGCCGAUCUGUCCCCACUCCUUAAGCACUAACACCAGCCUGUCCUCGGUCCCACUUCCACCUCAAGGCAAAAGGAGUCACUUGUUACGUCGCAGGAAGAGCCUUCUGAUGGGAAGAAGUGUGCCUUGGGCUGCCAACGAGAAGUACUAACAUGUUCAGAAAGCAUAUUUACAUGUUAGAUGCGACCAGCUCAGCUCCAACAUUCGUUAACAGCUCAGACAUCAUCAGUGGCCCCUGUUCCUGAAGACUCCUAGCAGUGCCAUCACCGUUGUUCAGCACAGCUGACCCACGGGGCCAGACGGGCUGCUACCCGCAGACAGCCACUUCCAGAGGCAGCAA